CAGGCCCUGGACGGCCUGCGGUGGGGGACGCAGGCGAGCCCUUGGGGUCCUGGGGAUGGCCCCGCCAGGGAAGGGUGCUGCUCUCCCUGGCCUCCAUCUCCACCUGGGCUCCAAGGUGAGAGGGCCCUGAAGGCAGAUGGUAGUCAGCCACUCUUGACCUGGACAGAGCUUUGGGGGGCCUGGGCCACCCGCUGAUGCAGCCCCUUGAGGGGGCCCCCUGCUGGCAGCCCCUCCGGUUUCUUGCUGGGCUCCUGUUCUCUUCCCCAGGGAGUGUCCCACAUCAGGGGUCCUUGGUCCCUCGCUCGCCCAUGCACCCCCCAUCCUGGCACGCAGGCAGCCUCCCCAGGUUCAGUCAUUCUCUGCUUGGCCCUGACAGGGACCCCCCAGGUGGCAGUUCUCUGGGUUCCAGGCCCCCCGACACAGACCCAGCCCCCUCCCUGCAUGACUUCCUGGCCUGGACCCCAAAGCAGUGUGACCUAUGUCCCGGGACGCCCGAGUCUGAGCAGUUUCUGGGCCAUGGAACAGUCCCAGGCAAACUGGGAUGUGGUGUCUCCCUACCCCAGGCCACCUGGCUGUCUCUCUGCUGGCAGCAAGGUCCCCGGGCUGGGCCUGGGGCCCCAGCCGCUGCAGACCCCCCCGCGAGGCCGUGUGCAACUUUGUGUGUGACUGCAGGGGCUGCCCCGACGAGGCCCAGUGCGGUUACCACGGGGCCUCACCCACCCUGGGCGCCCCCUUCGCCUGCGACUUCGAGCAGGACUCCUGUGGCUGGCGGGACAUAAGCACCUCGGGCUACAGCUGGCUCCGAGACCGGGCAGGGGCCACGCCGGAGGGUCCAGGGCCACGCUCGGACCACACUCUGGGCACUGACCUCGGCUGGUACGCGGCUGCUGGCACACACCGUGGGAGAGAGGUGGCCACCGCAGCCCUGCGCUCCCCAACCCUGCGUGAGGCAGCCCCCUCCUGUGAGCUGAGCCUCUGGUACCACGUGGCCUCUGGAGGUGUGGCCGAGCUGCGGCUGGAGCUGACCCACGGUGUGGAGACACUGACCCUGUGGCGGAGCUCGGGGCCCUGGGUCCCAGGCUGGCAGGAGUUGGUGGUGCCCACCGGCCGCAUCCAGGGUGACUUCAGGGUGACCUUCUCUGCCACCCGAAACGCCACCCGCAGGGGUGCUGUGGCCUUGGACGACGUGGCCUUCUGGAGCUGUGGGUUGCCCACCCCGCAGGCGCACUGCCCCCUUGGGCAUCACCAUUGCCAGAACAAGGCCUGCGUGGAGCCCCACCAGCUGUGCGACGGGGAGGACAACUGCGGCGACGGUUCAGAUGAAGACACGCCCACCUGCAACCACCACACGGCCACCGAUUUUGAGAGGGGCCUGGGCCUGUGGAACCGCUCAGAGGGCUGGGCCCGGAACCACAGCGCGGGCGGCCCGCAGCACCCCGCCUGGCCGCACCGUGACCACAGCCGGAACAGCGCGCAGGGUGAGGCCCCCCGAGGACCCCGGCCGCCACCCGGGCCACGCUCGGCCACAGCACCCCUGCCAGCCCGGCUCACGCCUGCUGUCUCCCCAGGCUCCUUCCUGGUGGCCGUGGCAGAGCCCAGCGCCCCAGCCAUCCUCUCCAGCCCCGAGUUCCAGGCCUCGGCCCCCGAGAAGUGCUCGCUCACCUUCUAUCACUACCUGCACGGGUCCGAGGCCGGCUGCCUCCAGGUGUUCCUGCAGACGCGGAGCGCUGGCGCCCCCCAGGCCGCUGUCCUGCUGCGCAGGCGCCACGGGGAACUGGGGGCCGCCUGGGUCCGAGACCGCAUUGACAUCCAGAGCAAGCACCCCUUUCGGAUCCUCCUGGCCGGGCAGACGGGCCCGGGGGGCGUCGUGGGCCUGGAUGACCUCAUCCUGUCUGACCACUGCAAACCAGUCCCAGAGGUGGCUGGCCCACCUCCUGGGCUCUGGGCUCCAGGUCCCCGGUCCCAGCUGUCCAGCCUGCAGCCCUGGAAUUUCUGCGAGCCCGGACAUCUCUUGUGUGGGGAGCUGUGUGUCCCCCCGGAGCAGCUGUGUGACUUCCAGCAGCAGUGCCCUGGGGGCGAGGACGAGCAGGAAUGCGGUAAGAGGCGGAGCUGGGUGCGGGGAGCCCUCACCUCCCUUCCCCCAGACCAGCCCCGCUCGCAGUGGUGGGCGGGACCGUUCACACCGGCUGCCAUUGCAGGCACCACGGACUUCGAGUCCCCCUCGGCCGGGGGCUGGGAGGAUGCCAGUGUGGGGCGGCUGCAGUGGGUGCGUCUCCCGGCCCAGGACAGCGGGAGCCCUGGCAUGGACGCCAGCGGGGCCGCUGGGCACUUCCUGUCCGUGCAGAGGGCCUGGGGGCAGCUGGCAGAGCAGGCCCGCGUCCUCACACCCACCCUGGGCCCCUCUGGCCCCCGCUGUGAACUCCACAUGGCUUACUAUUUUCAGAGUCACCCCCAAGAGAUCUCCUGUAACUUUGAGCGGGGCACCUGCGGCUGGCACACUGGCCACCUCACCGAUGCCCACUGGCACCGAGUCGAGAGCCGUGGCCUUGGGUACGACCACACCACAGGCCAAGGCCACUUCAUGCUCCUAGACCCCACGGAACCCCCAGCCCAGGGCCCCGGUGCUCACCUGCUCACCUGGCCCCAGUCACCCGCGGCCGCUCAGGAGUGCCUCUCCUUCUGGUACCACCUCUAUGGGCCCCAGAUCGGUGAGACCCCCUGCUGGGCGGGGCCGCGGUGGAGGCCCACGGGGGGCUCGAGUUCUGUCUCUGGGCCCGUCGGGGCUCUAGGAGGGAUGAGAGGCAGGAGUCGGGGUCUUGUCCCCUCCAAACCCUGCCUCCCCCUAGGGACUCUGCGCCUGGCAAUGAGGCGAGAAGGGGAGAGAGAAAGGCACCUGUGGUCGCGGUCUGGCACCCACGGCAACCGCUGGCAUGAGGCCUGGGCCACCCUCCACCACCCGCAGGACUCCAGCGCCAAGUACCAACUGCUGUUCGAGGGCCUCCGGGACGGGUACCACGGCACCAUGGCGCUGGACGACGUGACUGUGCGGCCCGGGCCCUGCUGGGCCCCCAAGCGCUGCUCCUUCGAGGACUCGGCCUGCGGCUUCUCCACUGGGGGCCGGGGCCUCUGGACACGCCAGACCAAUGCCACGGGCCAGGCGGCCCUGGGCCCCCCUGCAGACCACACCACAGAGACGGCUCAGGGGCACUACAUGGUGGUGGACAUGAGCCCGCAGGCCCUGCCCCGUGGCCACGUGGCUUCCCUGAUUUCAGAGGAGCACAGGCCCCUGGCCCAGGCCGCCUGCCUGACCUUCUGGUACCACCUGAGCCUCCGCAACCCAGGCACGCUGAGGGUCCACGUGGAGGAGGCUGAGAGGAGGCAGGUGCUCAGCAUCGGCACCGAUGGAGGGUUUGCCUGGCGCCUGGGCAGCGUGGACUUGCAGGCCGAACGGGCCUGGAGGGUGGUGUUUGAGGCCGUGGCUGCCGGCGUGGAGCGCUCCUACAUCGCGCUGGACGACCUGCUCCUCCAGGACGGGCCCUGCCCUCGGCCAGCUUCCUGUGACUUUGAGGCUGGUCUGUGUGGCUGGAACCAUCUGCCCUGGCCUGGCCUGGGCGGGUACAGCUGGGACUGGAGCAGUGGAGCCGCGCCCUCCCGCUACCCCCAGCCGCCUGUGGACCACACCCUGGGCACAGAGGCAGGUGGGUCUGAGUCAGGAAGGGACCCCAGCGCCAUACACACCCCCGGCCACACACCUCACUCACCCCAGUCCGGGCCAACCGGCCAGCCCAGCCAGGCCCCCCCCCAGGGUCAGAGGCCAAAGGUCAGGGGGGCCUGGCUCCAUCCGGUCCACGGGGCACCGUGCCCUCUCUCGUUGCCAGGCCACUUUGCUCUCUUCGAAACGGGCGUGCUGGGCCCGGGGGGCCGAGCGGCCUGGCUGCGCAGCCAGCCACUGCCCGCCACCGAGGCCUCCUGCCUCCGCUUCUGGUACCACAUGGGCUUUCCUGAGCAUUUCUACAAGGGUGAGCUGAGGGUGCUCCUGAGCAGCGCCCGGGGUCAGCUGGCCGUGUGGGGCGCGGGCGGGCGCCUGCGGCACCAGUGGCUGGAAGGCCAGGUGGAAGUGGCCAGCGCCGAGGAGUUCCAGGUGAGGCCGGACCGCCCAGAGCCGGGGGACCUCAGGGGGCUCAGGAGCUCAGGAGGGGCCAUCCUCCUCCUCGGGCCCACCCAGCCUCUUCUCCCUCCCGGUCAGAUCGUGUUUGAAGCCACUCUGGGCGGCCAGCCAGCCCUGGGGCCCAUUGCCCUGGAUGACGUUGAGUACCUGGCCGGGCAACGUUGCCAGCUGCCUACACCCAGCCAGGGAGACACAGCAGUGGCCACGUCGGUGCCAGCGGUGGUUGGUGGCACCCUCCUCCUCCUCAUGCUGCUGGUGUUGCUUGGACUUGCGGGAUGGCGCUGGCUGCAGAACAGGGGGGGCUGCCCCUUCUGGGGGGAGACGGACACCGUGGCCCCCAGCUUUGACAACAUUCUCUUCAACGCGGUAGGAGCCCUGGGGGGGGUGGCGGGCAGGAGCCCCUGA